UUGUAGGACCAUCCGCAACGCCUUCACCACUGAGCGUCAACAGGUGUGUAGUGCCUAGUUAUAUCAGAUAAAGAGGCUUUUCAGUGUAAAUUUGUGGUCCAAUUAUGAACUUUCAUUGUUGUUUUUGGUGUGGUCGGUCGAAAGAAAGUGAAGUCUCUAAUUCACCGUAACCAAGUGCUCGCCAACGGUCGGUGUGUUUCGCUGCAAGAAGUAGACAAAAAGUGCGAUUAAAAUUUAACGAAUCUGCAUCUUGGCGGACGCGGGAAUCGCGCAUCGCAUCUAAGGGGAUUUGAUGGGUCACUGAAAAACUUACAGAGGUACUUUCUUCAGUUGAUGAACGAUCGUCGUGGAGGCGUGAAAAUAAAAAACUCCCUCACAGCCCGCCUGGAUACAACGGAACGAUUGUAUUGUUAUACAGCGCCGACCGCCCCGUGCCGUCCGAUGCCAACGAUAAUGAUCGUUACCGGCCAUCAUCGCUGGAAGUGAAUUAGAUGAGUAGCGUGUUGUACUACUAAACUAGACAGCAGACCACGGCGGCACAGUUAUUCAUCAGCGACCGCCAGGAGAAGUGCGUGUGAAAGUUCAUAUCCGGAUUGAUUGAGUGGACGAAGACCGGGCGGUCUUCUGUUGAUGAUUCUUGGAGUAAUUUUUCUGUUGGACGCGAAAGAGAGUGCGAAAACUUAGCCAAAAGGCGGGUGUUUGGUGUUGAGGUUGAAAAGUCAAAGGAAAAUAGAUCAAACGAAAGUUUUCAAACAAAUUCAAAUUUGUGCGGGUACGCGUCAGGUGAGCGCUGACGGACUGUAAUAUAUUAUCGUUGUAGUGAUGUGUGUCCGGAAGUUCUGAGACACGUGCUUUUUCAUAUCUCUUCAGCUGAAGUAUGUCGGCAACAACCGUCACCAUGAGUGCAAAUACGACGAAUAUCAGUAACAACAACAACAGCAUUGCCACAAACAACAAUGAAACUAUAUCAACGGAGGUGCAAGUAACCGUCAAGGACCUUCCUAUUACAUUUAAGGUCAAAUACUUGGGCAGCCAAUAUGCGAGAGGUUUGUGGGGAAUCAAGCAUACCAGGCGACCAGUCGAUCAUCUAGUCAGUGCAGCAAAAGCUCUUCCAGCCAACAAAAUUCUCCCGUACUGCAAUCUGGAAGUAUCACUUGAUGGGGUCCGCAUGGAAACGAUUACCUCCAAACAAAGUUUGUUAACGAACUUCACCAUAGACACCAUAUCUUACGGAGUUCAGGACCUCGUCUACACCAGGGUAUUCGCGAUGAUCGUAGUCAAAGAGAACUAUAACCUUAAGGACGAAAAUCCCUUCGAGGUCCACGCAUUCGUAUGUGAUAGUCGAGCUAUGGCGCGCCGGCUGACAUUCGCUCUGGCGGCAUCCUUCCAGGACUAUUCAAAACGGGUAAAGGAAGCAGAGGAACAAAAUAUGGGUGACUCUAGCGGGAAAAUCUUGCGAAAAAAGUUUGCCAUCGACCUGCGAACACCGGAGGAAAUCCAGCAGGACAUCACCGAACAGGAAACGGAAGCGUGAUUUCAAUGUUUUAAUUUAAUUUUUUUUUUAUUCUUUGGCUACCACAAUCUUCGUUGAACGAAUGUGAAUUCAGAUGAAGUUAAACAGUGUUGCGACUAGUCGAUUUUAUACUACUUACCUAUAAUUGUUAUCAUAUCUUACUAAGGACGAUCUCAAUUGAGAUCAACAGGAUACACAUACCAAAAGCGAAAAGAACUUUCUGCAACAAAGAUAGUUUUAAGCGUAUAAAAAGAUGCUAAAUAUUUUGUUAGAAUAUUGACGAACUAAUUGAGAGAAACUGUAUUUUAUUUAAGACACACAAAUUAAAUUUAAAAAAAUAUAUUUUCAUGGAAAGUGAUUUGCAGAGUUGUGAAAAUUGCACGUUUAUCUGUUAGAAUCUAUGGAGCAUAUUUUUUAAAACAA